UCUCUUCACGCAGUCGGGAAAUGUUGCGUAAAACACGAGAUCGUUGUGGUGCCACAGGGGCAACCCGAUGUCAUUCUUCUUCAAUCUUCGUGUUGGUUUUCUUCGAUACUUGUGCUCCCGUCGGGCUUUAUGAGCGGAAUUCGACAUGAUGCUAAUGAGCCAAUGAGCUCGUGAAGCCGACCGAGAUUGCUGACUUGGGUGCGAUUCCUCUUGAGAAUGACAAUGGCGCUGAUGGAUCUGUCGCCGGUGCUGGUCGUCGUCCUCGUGCUGCUGCUGCUGCUGCUGCCGCUGCCACUUCUCUUUUGGCGGGGGGGCGAGAAGUUCAGCGGGAAGCUCCCGCCGAAGAGUAGGAGCAACUCCAUCUGGGGGGACACGUCUGCUUUCUGGAGCGAUCCCUUGGCCUUCUUGGACAAGAAAAGAGCUGAAUAUGGAGAAAUUUAUAUUUUGAAGCUGUUUGGGAGAGAGAAAAUUGUGACUACUACCCCUGAAGCUGCGAAGUUUUUCCUCGUGAAUGUUCACAAAUCCUUCAAGCAUGGAUAUCGUCCUUCUAUAACGAGGAUCACGGAUCCCGAGGGCAAUUUCACCGAUCCGGACAACAGCGUGAAAGUGCGAAAGUUACUGAAAACUCCUUUGGGUCCAGGAUCGAUCCGCGACAGCAUUCCUACUUAUGAUGCCCUCUCACGCUCGAUCAUUGAUACGUGGAAAGAUGGUGAAGUUCUUAAUGCUUUCCACGAAAUGGAAAGGAUUACACUGAAGUGCAUUCUGAACCUCCUCUGGGGCCAAGAAGAUCGUCAGUUGGAGUACGACAGAGUCAUGGAACUACACUCGAAAAUGAACCACGGCUGCCAUGUGAAGUUUCCCAUCAACCUUCCAUUCACUGCGUACGGGAAAGCUUUGAAAGCUAAAAGAGACAUAACAGACCUCUUGAAAGAGAAACUCAAGCAGUUGCGAGCUUCAAGGAGUCAAGAUUAUUGUUGCAUGAGCUCAGUAAUAUUUUCGGAUGGAGAGAAUGGCCUGACGGAUGCCCAAGUCAGUUCAUUAAUGCUCACUUUGAUCUUUGCCGGUUAUCGCACCACAGCCACAGUGCUGGUGUGGGUCUUCAAAUUUUUGAGUGAGAACUCCAAAGCGCUUGAGGAACUGCAGAUGGAGCACGAUGCCCUUUCCCAAUCUCGAGAAUCUAACGGGACGCCUUUGACAUGGGCUGAUGUUAAGCGAAUGCCAUACACUAUGAAGGUUAUCCAGGAGACGUUGAGACUGGCCCCAGUUGUAAAAUUCAUGCCCCGUGUGGCUCUUGAAGACGUUCAGUUCAAAGGGUAUGUCAUCCCCAAAGAUUGGUCACUUGGUGUCUCGUACGAGUUUCACAAGGACCCAGCGUUCUUUCCGGAUCCUCUCACCUUUGAUCCUAGCAGAUUCAAUGAGCCAAUUAAACCUGGUGUCUUCAUUCCAUUCGGUGCGGGUGCACACAUUUGUGUAGGAUAUGAGUUUACCAAUGUACUCCUACCUGUCAUUAUCCAUCGAGUUGUCUCCACGUACAGCUUCGAACCACAAGGACCAGAUGGUGUGGAGUUUUGGCCUCAGUACGGUCCUAAAGGUGGACUUCCGAUGAAAGUCAAGCUACGUGCAGGAAAAUGUUUGUGAACUCGUGACCAAUAUUGAGGAGUUUAAGGCUUGCCCCUGUAUAGUGCCAGAUGAGGGGCGCGAACGGCGACCUUUCGAAACAAGACAUCUUCCUGAGGACAUUGGGAAAACUUCUAUUUUUCGCUGUUGUGGUUCGAAUGGCAUAUAGUUUUCUUUCUGUAAAUAUGUUAAAAAAAAUAAAUCAUUAACACCUGGUUACAUU